UUUUUAUUUCCGGGUCUUGAAGGCCCUCUCCAGUCGAGCGCAGUUAGCACGAGCCUGCUGGUCCUGCAUGAGCUGAGUAAUCAAAGAAAAGGCGGAGAGCUCUUCUUUUACAUGUCCCAUUGUAAAUCUUAGAUGAGAGGAAAUGUCCGGGUUCAGGAUCAUGAAGGUUUAUCCAGACUGCAGCUGCUCGCAGGACAAACAUCAUCAGUGUUUUCUGCAGACGUCCAGCAGCUGUCAGGGAUUAAAGAAGAGCCUCCUGAGCAGCAGGACUCGAGUCCCAGUCUGGACCAGGAGGACACUAAGCCUCCUCAUAUUAAAGAGGAACAGGAGGAACUCUGGAGCAGUCUGGAGGGAGAGCAGCUUCAAGGACUUAAGGAAGAAGAUACCACCAAAUUCCCAUUCACUGUUGUCUCUGUGAAGAGUGAAGAGGAUGAAGAGGAACCUCAGUCCUCACAGCUUCAUCAGAGACAAACUGAAGCGAUGGAAACAGACGCUGAUGGAGAGGAUUGUGAGGAACCAAAACCAGUCAGGAACUCAGAUCUGGAAGGACAUUUGCAACCAGAGAUUGAGGUCAAGAUUGAGGACUCUUCUGAACCGGAGACUGAAGAUAUUGAUGAUAUUGGAGAGAAGAAACCACAUCGCUGUUCUCAGUGUGGUAAAACAUUCAAAAGAAAUGCACAUCUAACCCAACACAUGAUGAUUCACACAGAGGAGAAACCAUUCAGCUGCUCUGAGUGUGGUAAAAGAUUCAACUCAAAUGGAAGCCUGAACAAUCAUAGGUUAGUUCAUAGUAAGGAGAAACCCUUCAGCUGCUCUGAGUGCUGUAAAAGAUUUAACCAUAAGAAAAAUAUGACAAAACACAUGAUUGUUCACACGGGAGAGAAACCCUUCAGCUGCUCUCAGUGUGGUACAAGGUUCACCCAGAAAGGAAGUCUGACUAAACACAUGUCGGGUCACAGCGGGGAGAAACCAUUCAGCUGCUCGGAGUGUGGGAAAAGAUUUGCAGAUAAGGGAAAUCUGAACAAACACAUGUUGGUUCACAGAGGAGAGAAACCGUUCGGCUGCUCUGUGUGUGGGAAAAGAUUUACCCAGAAAGUAACCCUGAAGAAACAUGUAGUCGUUCACACAAGAGAGAAAGCAUUUAGCUGCUCGGAGUGCGGCAAAGGAUAUGCCCAAAAAGCGAGUCUUGCCAAACACAUGACGAUCCACACGGGAGACAGACCCUUCAGCUGUGUUGACUGUAACAAAAGCUUUUACUCUGAAGAGAAUCUGAACCAGCAUAUGUUGAUUCACACGGGAGAGAAACCUUUCAGCUGCUCCGAGUGUGGAAAAGGAUUUUCUCAGAGGGUAAAUCUGACCACACACAUGUCUGUGCACAGUGGAGAGAAACCGUUCGGCUGCUCUGAGUGUGGCAAAAGAUUCACCCGUAAAGAAAAUCUGUCCAAACACACGGCAGUUCACUCAGGAGAGAAACCCUUCGGAUGCUCUUUAUGUGGCAAAAGAUUCACUCAAAGCUUAAGUCUGACCCAGCACAUGUCGGUUCACACAGGUGAGAAACCCUUUGGAUGCUCUCUGUGCGGCCAAGGAUUUACCCGCAAAGGGAGUCUCAUCAAACACAUGUCAAUUCACACAGGAGAGAAAGCGUUCAGCUGCUCUGUGUGUGGUAAAAGGUUUUCCCAGAAAGCUGAUAUGAACAGACACAUGUCUGUUCACAGCAAAGAGGAACCCUUCAUUAUCCAGAGCACUGAAGCCUGGUUUCAGGAUCUGGAUGAUUUAUUGAGUCAGCGGCUCCUCGAUCCGGAUCACAGAGACCUUUUUAGAUCCAACAACACCGGGACAGGAUACGAAGAGGAGCUCCAGCAUCAGAGAGAAGGGAUGGAUGUGGUUUUAACACCUGGAGGAAAGCUGCAGAGAGCAGUGUUUCCUGCAGACGUCCGACAGCUGUCAGUCAUUAAAGAGAGGCGGCCUGAGCAGCAGGACCAGGACUACACUAAGCCACAACACGUUAAAGAGGAACAGGAGGAGCUCUGGAGCAGUCAGGAAGGAGAGCCGCUUCAAGGACUGGAGGAGGCUGAUACCAACAUGUUCCCAUUCACUGCUGUCUCUGUGAAGAGUGAGGAUGAUGAAGAGGAACCUCAGUCCUCACAGCUUCAUCUAAGACAAACUGAAGGGAUGGAAACAGACGCCGAUGGAGAGGACUGUGAGGAACCAGAACCAGCCAGGAACUCAGAUGUGGAAGGACUUUUGCAACCAGAGAUUGAGGUCAAGAUUGAGGACUCUUCUGAACCGGAGACUGAAGACAGCGAUGAUGAAUGUAAGGAGGCUAGAGACCGCCAGUCGAGUUUAAAGUCUCUGAAAAACACCAGAGAGAAGAAAUCACACCGCUGCUGUCAGUGUGGUAAAACAAUGAAAAUAAAUGGACGUCUAACCCAGCACAAGGAGAAACCAUUCAGCUGCUCUGAGUGUGACAGAUUUAGUCUGGACCAGGAGGACUCUAAGCUUCCUCACAUCAAAGAGGAACAGGAGGAACUCUGGAGUAAGGAGGGAGAGCCGCUUCGAGGACUCGAGGAGGAGGAUAUCAUCAAGUUCACUUUCAAUCCUGAUCCCGAGAGUGAAGAUGAUGACGAGGAGCCUCAGUCCUCACAGCUUCAUCAGGGACAAACAGAAACUAAUGAAGAGGACUGUGCGGGACCAGAGCAAGCCAGGAACUCGGAUCCCAAGGUCAAGUCUGAGGACUCUUCUGAACUGGACACCAAAGACAGCGAUGAUGAUUGCAAGGAGACUCCAGACUCUCAGGAAGUGGUUAAAAAGAAGAAACCAAAGAAAUCCUUCAGCUGCUCGCAGUGCGGCAAGACAUUCACGAGGAACGGAAAUCUAACCAAACACUUGAUGAUUCACACGGGACAGAAACCCUUCAGCUGCUCCAUAUGUGGAAUGAGAUUCGCCCGGAACUACAAUCUCACCCAGCACAUGAUAAUCCACACGGAGAAGAAACCGUUCGGCUGCUCCAAGUGCGGUAAAAGAUUCAACUCUCGAGGAACCAUGAUCAAUCACAGGUCGGUCCACAGUGAAGAGAAACCGUUCAGCUGCACCGCCUGCGGGAAAAGAUUCAACCACAAGAAGAACAUAUCCCGACACAUGUUGAUCCACACCGGGGAGAAACCCUUCAGCUGCCCCGAGUGCGAUAGAAGAUUCGCGGAUAAAGGGAACCUCACUAAACACAUGGUGAUUCACAACAGAGAGAAACCCUUCAGCUUCUCUGAGUGUGGCGGAAACCAUGACUCACAAACUGUGACUGAGGAGUUGGAAAUCCACAGUCAAGAGAAACCCUUCUACUGCCCCGAGUGUGGGGCAACAUUCACCCAAAAAGGAGGCUUAACGCAACACAUGAGGCUCCACACGGGAGAGAAACCCUUCAGCUGCUCUCAGUGUAACAAAGGCUUCCACUUCAAAGGAAACCUCACCCAACAUUUAUUACUCCACACGGGGGAGAAACCGUUCUGCUGCCCGUUCUGCGACAAAGGAUUCAGCCAGAAGGGCGCCCUCGCAAGACACGUGAUGGUUCACACGGGAGAGAGUUCAUUCGCCUGCAUCGACUGCGACAAAAGCUUUCAAUCCGAAGAAGAACUGAUCCAGCACAUGGCGGUUCACGCAGAAGAGAAGAAACCGUUCAGCUGCUCCGAGUGUGGGAAAAGUUUUACGCAGAAGAAACGUCUGAAUCAUCACAUGUCGGUUCACACGGGAGAGAAAGCGUUCAGCUGCUCGGCGUGUGGGAAAAGGUUUGCCAAGAAAGUGAACCUAACGAAGCACAUGGACACUCACAGGGAAGAGAAACCCUUCAUUAUUGAGAGUGCUGGAGCGUGGUGCUGCUGAGGCAGUAUGGUUUGUUAGGGAAAUUCAAGAUAUUGAUAGAUUCAUUGAUAAUUAACUGAUUUGCAUAGCAUGUUUUUAUUCAUUUGGUCACUUUGGAUAACCCACAUUUUGCAUUAAUUAUCUUUAAUUACAUUUUUUAACAUUGCAAAUUUUUUCCUAUAAUUCAUAAUUUAUUUUUAACUUUUUUUUUUGACGCAGCCAACACAGCACAAAACCACAAUGUAGCCUUUUUAGACUCAGAAGCAGGUCUCAUGCACAAAUAGUUAAUUAAAAACAAAAUCCAUAGAUAAAAUGAAAAUAAAUUAACGAAUAAAAAUACAUGGAUUAAUUCAAUAAUU